CUACACGGUUUUACUUUUGUAUGAUGUACACAGUGGGUUGUAUUUUGUAAACUGUUGGAGGGUUAAUGAAAAUAAUGUAGUAUGUGGUGUAAAAAGAAAAGAAGAUUGUUGGAACUGUAAUAAUUGCAGUUUCGUCAUGGUAUGAGUUAUGUCGAAGUUAUCAAAUGAACGUAAUUAUUAAACGAAAAAUAUGUUUUUAAUUGUGAUGAAUAAUGAAAUAAUCACGUGCAAAAUGAAGAAAAUGUGCACUACUGCACAUUUACGAAGAAUUAAAGGGCACAUGUGUGCAUGGCAUUGCAGUUUUGCUGGCUCAAGAGAGGAUGGAUUGAAGUGACAGUGCCAUUGUGAACCUCUCAGAAUCAGCAUGGCUGGAUUCUUAAUAACACUUUUUGUAAACAGCGUCGUAGCUCAAACCGGUAAACCAAGUUUAGUUCCUCCACCGGGAUAUUGUGCCCCGUAUAGUGGGAAAAUUUGUAAGCAUUAUGUGAACAGCACCCGUCUUGUUUGGUUCAACAUGUCGUACGACGUUGCCGGUGGAUGGCUCAACGAGCAGAUUACAGAAGGACUCUGGGAUGAAAUGAUAGUCGGGUUGAAAGAGCCAUGUCGCAGUGCGGCAGAGAAGCUGUUGUGCACGUACGCAUUCCCACAAUGCGUGUUGCGUGAUAGUUACCCGGUGGGACUGCCGUUGUGUGCUGAAGACUGCUUGGCUGUGCGACAGCUGUUUUGUUACAAUGACUGGGCCCUAAUAGAAGACAACAAACAGCGAGGAAUAUACUUCAAGUCAAGAGGUCAUUUCCAGCUGCCAAACUGUGAAUCUUUGCCAAGUUUUCGUGGUUCAUCUAAACAAGUGUGCUCACAUGCCCAUCUGACUGAUAUGAAGCACGAGGAAGUUACCUAUGAUUGUGUCAGAGGUCGUGGACGAUUUUACCAAGGCACUGUCAAUAAAACCAAAUAUGGCUUGCCAUGCCAGAAUUGGGAAUCUCAGGAGCCACAUUCCCAUAACAGACCACCCGAUGUGUUCCCAGAAAUAAAAAAUGCUGAAAAUUUCUGUCGAAAUGCAGGUGGUGAAGAACCUUCGCCUUGGUGUUACACAUUGGAUCCCAAAGUGCGAUGGCAACGAUGUGAUGUUCCUAUUUGUGAAAACUCUACGGAUCUCGAAUCUGAUAUUGAAUUGGAUUCAACUCCAAUAUCAAUGGAAACAUUUUUCACACCUAUGUUUAUUCUGAUAUUAUCCGCAGUAGGUUUUGUUGUGAUCGUAAUUAUCUUGCUGCUGCUUCUUUUAUGUCAUAGAAUAUACAAGCAUCGCAGUGGUUAUGGUCCAACAUCAACAAGAGAGGAAGUAAAUAUUGACUUGGACAAAUUACCAAGCAACCUAGCAUAUCAUAGAACUGGUGCUCAGCUAAAUCCAAAACUUGAAAAAUUGGAGUUUCCAAGAAAUGAUAUAAUUUACAUCCGUGACCUGGGCCAAGGGGCAUUUGGGCGUGUUUUUCAGGCUAAAGCACCAGGGCUAGUAAAAGGAGAGGAGUUCACCAUGGUUGCUGUCAAAAUGUUGAAAGAUGAAGCAUCUGAAGACUUGCAAGUGGAUUUUGAACGUGAAGCAUGUCUGUUGGCUGAAUUUGACCAUGAAAACAUAGUGAAACUUCUAGGUGUUUGUGCGCUGGGACGUCCAAUGUGCCUGUUAUUUGAAUACAUGGGUCGAGGCGACUUGAAUGAAUUCCUUCGGUCUUGUUCUCCGAGCAAUUACAUAGUGAGGAGUUCUGAAGGUGACGGAGACAUGUUCAGGGAUGUUCAUUUGAAACACAUCGAUCUUGUGAACAUAGCUCGCCAAGUGGCUGCCGGAAUGGUUUAUCUGUCGGAUCGGAAAUUUGUACAUCGAGAUCUUGCGACCCGCAAUUGCCUCAUUGAUGAUGACAUGGUUGUAAAGAUAGCUGAUUUUGGACUUUCUCAGAAAAUAUACCUGCAAGAUUAUUACAAAGGUGAUGAACACGAUGCCAUUCCGGUUCGAUGGAUGCCACUGGAAAGUAUUCUUUAUAACAAAUACACGGUGGAGUCAGAUGUUUGGGCUUUUGGAGUUUGUCUGUGGGAAAUUUUUUCAUUUGCACUGCAGCCAUAUUAUGGCAUGACUCAUGAAGAAGUAGUCAAGUAUAUCAAAGAAUGCAAUGUGCUUCAGUGUCCUGACAAUACUCCGAGACCAAUUUAUGAAUUGAUGAAGUUGUGUUGGAACCAUAAGCCAUCAGCAAGGCCUUCAUUUCGGACAAUAUAUCAAACUUUAGAAGAGAUUCAGAAUGACAGUGCAAAUUUCCCAGAGCUAUCAUUCAGGGUGAUGUCUUAAACUGUAAUGUAUUAAUUGAUAUCAUACUGUUUUGUACAGAAAUGUAUGUAUGACUUAAAUGACUCACUUAACUGAUUUUUAAUUGGUUAGUGCUGUUGUGUAAUUUACAACUUAUUUUUUUGUAUUUUUUUUGUAAUUUUAAUAAGCAGUUAUGCCAUCUACCAAAUUAUUUUAUAUACUAUAUUAGCCAGUUUGUUGUUACUGUUUGACUGUAGUUUGUUGAUUUUUUUUUUGUAUGUAAUGGAAUUUGAUUGUUCAUUCUGCUAUGAUUCUUAUAAAAUUAACAUAGCUAAAUAUUAAUACUUUGCAAAUAUGUUGGUGGAUGAAUAAGAUAUGUUUUCAACGAAAUGUUACUGAAGAAUAGUAGAAAGGGAAGCAUGUUUGAUUUUGAAAAAUUAAAUAGAUCCUGAUUACAGUGGUGUGAGAUUGUACACUGAUAUUUGUGCAUGCUGAUUGUUGUUAUUGGGUCAUAACUAAUAUUUGCUACUAGAUAACAAUCUAUUAGCAAUAUUUUUUUCAUAUUGAAUUUCCUAUGUCUUGAACUUAGCUUGUAAUCCGUACAACUUUAAUCCUAUUCAUGAUAAUGUCAACAAGGCAUUCCAUUUUUUAGCUUUCUACGUAGAUUUCUUUGUUUAACUUGCUUUUCCUAUUCGUUUGAUUUCAUAGCUUAUUCAUUUAAUACUUUCAUUGAAUAAUUAAUUUACUGAAACAGUAUUAAAGGCUAGUCUUAAUUUAAUACAUAUUGUUACCAGUGGGAAAACAGGUCCGAAAAGGAUAGCCCGAUUAUUUAAAUACAGUUUUAUUUACUAUCUAAUAUUUAUACUAUUGGUAAGUUAAAACAAUUUAACUGUCCAUCUGCAAAAAAUUAAUCACUCCUUCAUUAAGUCCAUAAUUUACUCUCUCCACUGGAGCACACCUCUAUCCUAAAACAUAGCCUUGCUCUACUCACUACACCCGGAUGCACCAUGAAGCCUGUCGCUCGCUGUAUCGCUCACCAAGGGGUCACGCCACUUCCCUCACAGGUUGCCUGAGGAUUCCCCUGUAUCGCCACCAGCCUCUCUCCCUCCCACACUGCUUGCCGCAGAACUACCUGGUCCUGACCUGGAAACAUCUCGUAGCCCUCUAAAGUGUCACGUCAUCAGAACCUCCGACUCUGGGAACAUGCCGAACCCUUGAGGGAUGCAGAUAAUCUCUGAGCUCAACUGCAAAGCGCUGGGGAAGGGAGUACCGAGGCGCCUGCUAAUUGGAUUAGGUGUGUAGCGGUAAUGGAGGGAUGGGCACUGCUUGCAUUUUGCCGCAACCGCAAGCAGGCCUUCCUUGUCGCAAGAGUCCUCGUAACAGUGUAUUGUGAUAUAACAUAUCAUUUUGGUUAGGAUUGCGAUUUACGUUAGAACUCUGUAAUGAUUACAAUUUUUUGGGAGUGCAGUAUCUUCCUAAAACACAGGUAUUUAUCAAUUUUAUUUUAAAAUUUUAAACCAUUGUUAGCUUACUUGCUGUGUUGCUUUCUAUAAGUAGGCACACUAUUUUUUGUGUAUUUAUUUGUUGACAAAGAAGAAUCAACACACAUUAGAAUUAACAUAUAUUAUAAAUUUUAAAAUUGUAUUUAGCCUUUGUGGUUUAAAUGUUACCACUAUUUAUUUCAGUUUUCUAUGUAUUGUUAUCUUCCUGCUGUGAUAUCCUGCCAAAUAUCUCUUUACUCAAAGGUAGUUUACUCUUUUUAAUGGUCUUGUGCAAGUAUUGAACAUGAAAGAAGUGUGACCAAGUAAUAUGCAGCAAAGUCCAAAAAAGUGGGAAACCUCUGACCUUGUUACAUGAGCACAUUUCUGUGCCUGGAGUAAAUAGAGGAUUUAUGAAGUAGAGCCUCGGGAGAAAAGAAUACUUGCAAAUUUCAUACCUUUGGCAAUGAGUUGUGAGGGUAUUAACAACUUGAUGUCGAUGCCAAAAUAAAUGGCAUUUUCAUUAACUACCAUCCAGCCACAAGUUCUGUUGUGCACUAAAUUGAAAAGGCCACCAGGUAUAUACCAUUAACCUUGCAAUUCACCAACCUGUACAAUCCUACAAUGUAGUUUUUAUAGUUCCCUAGGACUGUGUGAGAAUCGGUAGCUACUCUGAAGUCACUCAAAGAUAGAAAGGGUUUUGGAGGUAAAAGAAUGUGCUUCAUAGAUCAUGUUUGUAAAAUGUGAGUUUUACUUUUACCCAUAGCAAAAAAGACUUUAGUUAAAAAUAUUAAUGUCUUCCUUGACCUCAUAAUGGUCUUAUACUUGAUGUUUAAUGUUACAGGCUUGUCAUAGCAAUUGUUAACAAACCUCAGAAACACACUGGACAUUUUUAUUUAGUUACCUGUUCAUAAUUAUUUGGCUUAAUAUACUCUUAUAAUUUUUAUAAUGGUAUAUAAUACAUGUGUAUAAUUUAACACUUAAAAAUUAUUUCUUCUUAAUAGACUUAUAUUUUAGUUAAGAAACAUUAGAUAAUUUUGCUAUAUAAAAUCAUUGUGUCUAAAACCAUUUUCAUCAUAAGUAAUUUCACUUGCUGGAUUUAUGUACUUUAGUUAUGAUGUGGGUGAUGAGUUACCAAAACUCCCUUGUAUUUACUAAUGCAAUGAUGCUAUUUUUUGGAUUUAUCCGUAAGAAAUGCUAUUAUAUCCUCCAAAUAAUAGGAAUAUAUAUUUUUUUUAAUUUAUGCCAUGUUAUUAGUAAUGGAGAUUAAAUAGUUUCAGUAUUUUGAAUUCCAAUUUCCAGUCGUAGAUGCCUUUGAGAUUUUUAUUUCCUUAACAAUUUAUUCUAAUAAAAUUAAAUAAAAAAAUUAGUAUGUCACUAACUUUUACAAAGUGCACAUGUCUUCAUAGCUUUAAUUUUUUUUAUUAUUCUGUACACAUUGAAAUUAUGUUUAUGCUUCAGCUAAAUAAAUGAUAAAGGUACAUGUAUUCUGACUUCAACUUUUAAUCCUAAAAUCUGUGUAUAUGGAGGACAGGAAAAUAAAAACAUAAUAGGUGCACAAGAAGGGUAACUUCAACUAUUCAAUAUGCUUGAAAAACUAUCCUCAAGAUGAUUAUACAACCUUCCUAAAUUGUAUAUGACUUGCCAAAACUCUUGCAAUGACCUUCAACACCCUGAUUUCUGACGAAUGGCAUUGCCAAGGUACCAUGGAAGCCGUAUCUUAACACUUCAUAGUUUAGAAAAAGAAAUUUUACCAGAGAAGCAGAAAUGUUUCAGCCUUUUUGCCUUGCUUGUUGACACUCGAAGAAAACAAGGAAAUCAUGAAAUCAGAAACUCGUAAUAAAAAAAAAUGCUCUUUCGGUUAACUAAGUUUAUAAAAGAAAUUAAAUGUACAGAACAAACCUAUUUUUCCUUAAAAUUUUAAUUCAUCUUACACAAAUUUAAAACUUGCUUAAUAAAGACUCAACUAAAGAAACCUAACAUUCUAGUUCUUCAGUCAGUUAACUGCAUAUCUCUGUAUACAAUUACAAUAAAAUAAAACAUCAAGGAAGGUUUGCUUAUCCCGUCGCCACUCAACCAAUUUUACUGGGGAAAUAAAAAAAAAGCUGAAGUAAUAACAAUUAGUUACUUUCAACUUCUAUCAAAAACAGGAUUUAUUACCAAAUACUUUACCUUAGGACUUUACAGAAAUAAUUACUGAUACUCUAACGACGGCAGAGAGAGAACAAUGCCACGGCAGUUUUAAACUACAUAAAAUCUCAAAUAUAUAAAAUAAACUAAACUCCCAUCUUCCAGUGCUUAACCAAAAAAAUAUAAAUAAACGUAACACUUAGCUACAUGACUGAUGAUGUUCGUGAACCAGCAAGUAAAUGUGUUGUGGGAAAAACACUAACUUGAAUAAUUGUGGAUGGAGAAUAGUAAUGUUUCUAGAAAACAGCAAAUGUUAAUUUCUAUAAACUGAAGGGUUAGCAGUAGAUAAGCUAACCUUAUGAUUGGUUCUGCAGAAUUAAGCAGUAACAAAAAAAAUUGUUUUCACACAAGAAAUAUUGUCAUAUGUAGUCCUGUACAUGAGAUGUUUGUGUGAUGGCUAAGUUUUAAGGUAAACAGUGUUGUGUGUAGCAAAAUUGUAAAAAAAUAUUUAUUUUUUUCAAAUAUGUUUGUAAUAUAUUAUGGGUAGAGACCUGCAAACUUCAUGGAUUCAUUCAGUGAUAGGCUAGAAUUCAAACACAUAUACCUCUUAGAUAAUUUUGCUAUUGGCUUACUGUUCAUCUGGAUGAAUCUCAACCAGUUAUAAACCCUCAACCAAAGAAGAAUAGAAUCACUGACAAACCAGCUGAGACGACUUACAAGUCGGCAGCCAAUGAACUUGCGUUAUUUGCCCGAGUGUACAGGGGUAUGUGCAGUCUAUCCUGAAGGCCAUCGAAACCGCGAAUUUCGCAGGUCUCCAAUUAUGGGUGUCAAAAGUCAUACAAGUGAUAAUUACAAAGACUUUCACAACUUUUUACACCCAUGAUAUUACAAUAAGUGAAUAUAUAUUGAAAGUAUUUGUGGCAGAACAAAAAAUGCAAUUGAGGUAAUGAGCUAAAAUUUUAGAAAUAGUCCUUAAAUAAAAGUAAUGACGAAAAAAGGAAAAAUCAACAUGGCGUCUUAAAUAUUUGGUGAAACAGUGCACGGUGCUAAGGAGUAGUUAGUGCUCUUCUAAGGGUGAAACUGGCCAUAUCCCUAAUGGUAGAAAGCUCAUAAAUUAAACCUUAAUACUUCUUUGCCUGAUAGGUAACUCAAACUUACGACUACAUCACAGAGGCUGGUGAUUUGUGACAAUGUGUUGUUGGUUUCCGUAUGUACAUUUCUCAUGGCUAAGUAACCUUAUUCAGACUCAUUUUGUGUUUUCAUCCAAGAAAGUUUACAGAGACAGUAAAUGUGUGCCUUGAAAUUUUUAAGACAUUUAUUGCUGAUAUAAAUGCCUUGAGUAGCUGUUCCAAGUUAGUAUGGAUAAAAUGUUUUCUAGGAAAAACUCAUAAUAAACAUUAGUUUCUCAUCUAAAGGCUUCCGUACCACCCCUACCGUCUACAAGUUUUCAUAAUCUAAGUAAAAAGUGAUAUAUUUUGUGUGGCAUUGUUCAAAUUAAUGGUUUUGUCAAUAAAAUGGUCAUGCAAUUGGAGUUUUUAUGAAAAACAUGCCAAAAUUUAUCAAAAUAAAGGAUGGACCAACCAAAUCCUGAAAUAUUAUCCUUGAAAGAUUUGUGCAAUGGGAGUGCAUGACUUGAUGUAAGCUUUUGGACAUACGCCAUUGCUAAGCACAUGUAUGUCUGUAGAAGAAAACUACAAAAAAAAUAAAAGACAAAAACACAAUAUAGCAAAAAAUUGCUGUUGUCAACAGGAUAUAAACACCACAUAAUAUUCCAUAACAGGAAUAUGGUCAACAAACAGUCCAUUUUUCUUUGUUUUUCUUUGUUUGUUGACCAUAUUUCUGUUAUGGAAUAUUAUGUGGUGUUUAUAUCCUGUUGACAACAGCAAUUUUUUGAUAUAUUGUGUUUUUGUCUUUUGUGUUUUUUGUAGUUUUCUUCUACAGACAUACAUGUGCUUAGCAAUGGCGUAUGUCCAAAAGCUUACAUCAAGUCAAAUCCUGAAAUACCAUAAAAUCCUCAAUAUUUAAAAGAUUUGGUAAUAAAGGAAAAAGAUUUGAAGAAAAAUAAAAGUGAAAUUCAGAAAUUCUUACUUUAGCAAUGAGUAGUUAGAAUGGAGUACAUAUUAAUUCUUAAAUUAGGUAUCAAUGAAAUGAUUGUAUAUUAGUAAGCUACAAUGCUCUGAGGCUGUUUAAAAAAAAUACCACCAGGAAACAUUGUUGACGAAAAAAAAGGCCUAUAGCCUGAACGUGUAAAUGUUAAGAAUAAACCUGGUCAAAUCCUCAAACCCUCAAAUCUCUUAAUAUUUGAAAGUUUUGUGAUGUGAGGAAAAUGAUUCUAAGAAAAAAUUGGAGGAUUUGAUGUAAAAUUUAAAAAAUUCAUCACUGAUAAGUUUGUAGUUUACUAGGUCCAUCUAUUUAUUUCUUCGUUAUCUCAUUACCAUUCUCCAAGAUUGUGCAUUUUAUAUGUAGUUAUAUUCAUAAAAUACUAUAUGUGUGGAUUCUGGAAACUUAUUAAAACAAACAUUUAAAUGGUAGUAUGUUUCAACACCAUAGUUAAUAUUUUUCAUUUCUUGUACAUUAUUUUAUGUCUUACUCAUGAAAUCUAGAUUUCCAUUUGAGGUACUCUUUGGAAUUCAAAUUUUAGAUACGGAUUCGAGAAAAUUGGAAUUCGACCCGUCACUAAUUAAAACCAUUGUCAGUGAAAUGGAUUUAUGAUAUAAAAUAAAAAUUGUGUUUGUUUACUUUAUUUCGAAAGGAUUUAGGAACUCUUUAAGUGGUUAGUCAGGAUACAAAUGUUAAGUCGUCGUGGUCUACAAUACUUUAUAUAAGUUGGAUUAUUUUAUUGGACACUUUAACUACUGGACUAUUGUUAUUUGAAAGUGCAGUUUGAUCAUGUUAACAUUACACAUAAAAUUGUAAUAGUUUAUAUUUUAUUCAUGAAUAUUUCUGUAUUGCAUAACAUAGCUUUGUAACGAGAGGGAAACGAACAAAUACUUAAUUGCAGCUAAACUGAAAUGUUGUGAAAUUAUCAAUUCAUUAUUUAACGUGGCUUUAAAUAAACUGUAACUGGUUGCCCAGAGAGGGGGGUGGGGAGUUUACUAAAUAAUGCAUUUCAUAACAAUAACACCAUUUCACCAAACAAAAUUACUAGAUUUCUUGCCUAAAUCUUCAUUAUCACAACUACCUGAAGACAUUGAUUAGACAUUGCUAGCCUCUUUUGUGUAGCUUUCAGUGUAAACUAGGCAUUAAUCAGUAACAGGAAAAUGAAAAUCUCACGUAUAAAUAAACUUGCAAUGUAUCCUGCAUAAGAUUGUAAAUCCUUAAAAAAAAGUGAAAAUAAUCUUAACCAACAACACAAGUGAAUGUUUUAAUAUGUGAAUAAUAGCUUGUUACAUUCCAGGUUGGCUCUGCUAAGCAACCCAGAAUAGUAACAUGACACUAUUCACUGGAUAGUUUUUGUUGAUAUGCAGUAACCUUUAAGUUAUGUUUUUGAAAUUAGUCUUGUUGCCAACAUUAAGGAUAAAUAUUUAUACUUAGUGUGUUAAAAAAAAACUUCAAGGCAUUCUUUCAUUAUGAAUUUUUAAAGUGUUUUUUUUUUUUAAGGGGGGGUGAUGUGAACAACUAUAACCCAUUUUAUUAAUUGUGAAUGAACCUGCACAAGUGAAAGAACCCAUUUUAAAAUAUCACGUUUCUCUGCUACAAAAUAAAAAUAUUACUCUAUCUUUGUAAAUUGAUAUUAUGUGUUGAAAACAUUGUAAAUGCUUUCCUCAUGUCUGAAUUUGUUGAGAUGAUAAUUUUCUCCUGUUCAGUGGUAUAUUUGUCUUUUAUUGGAAAUGUAAACUUUAAUACUUUCAGAGAUGUCUGGCAACUAUUGAUGUGCAUGUGAAUAGGCUUUUAUAUUUAUUACCAAUUAAUUAUGUAGCAAACAUGCUUUCUUCUUUUCCCAUUGUGUGUCUAGAGCAAUUUUUAAUUCACUUCAAAUUUGUUAGCAAAACCUGUUUUUAUUAUCAAUUUAUUAUAUGAAAUUAUUCUAGUCAUUUCUAUGUUUAGGUUAUUUCCUUGAAGUUAUGUUAUCUUGUACUUGCUAAUGGUAAAUUUACAUUUUACGGAAGCACGCAAGUUAAGUAACAUCAGUUGCACCAAAGUAUGGUCUAGAUUAAAUUCUUGUUUUUAUAGUUUUCUGUACCUUUUAUUGUAUAGUUAUUUAUGCAUUUUGGCAUGAAUAACAGUUAAUUAAGUCACCAAGCUCUUAAUCUGUAACUUGUAUUUAUUUAUACUUAGAGUUAUUAAGUGGAACCAUUUUAAUGUACUUUAUUGAAGGUUGUUGUACAGUUAUAAUUUUUUCAGUGCAUUAAGCCAUAUGUUUAUGAAUGACUCUGUGUGUGUCUGUAAUUAUAUGAUGGUAUGUGAAUUUAGCAUUAAAUUUAUAUGUCUUGUAUUUAAAAUAAGCAUCCACAAGAGGUAAUUUGAUUUUUGUGCAAUAUGCUGUUAUUUGUAUCAAUUGGUUUUUUUCAUAGUGAUUGUGCAAGUGACAAUGUUGUAAUAAAUAUUUUAAUAACAA